AUGGAGUGCACCGAUGAGACAGCAUGUGUAUAUGCGCGCCGAGUGGACACUGACUUCAACAAAGCAGUUUCGAAGACUUCCGCCCAAAAAUACAAGAAGUCGAAGCAGCUGCCGGUGGAGAACCAUCAAGUGCUGAUGGAUGUGACUUGCCUUUGGUGCUGGCUGAAGCCCAACUUGAAGAGGGCUUUGGAUGCGUCCAUGAUGGCCAAAUUGGAGGAGAUGUGGAUCAGCGGGUUGCUCAACUUUGCUUACGUACGGGGAGGUGUGAAAGGCCCGAGUUCCUGGAAAUCCUUCAAAAAGGAGGACGUGACCCGGGCAUGCAAGGAUACAGUUGUGGAAGCUUCGGGUUCCAGGAAAUCCCACAAAGAGGAGGACAACACCCAGACAUGCAAGAAGCCAGUUGUUGAAGCCUUGGGUUCCAAGAAACCCAAGGGUGAGUUGGAGAAAACGAAGUUGAAUUUGGUCCCCAGGUUGCCUGCUCCGUCACCGACAAUCAGACCUUUGCCACUCGAGGGCACUCUGAAACCAAUACCAGUUGGACAGCCUGAGUUUCCCAUACCGACGGAGCUUGAUGAGACAAAGGACAAGGAUGUGAAAAAAGAACACGGUGCUGGGAGCCAGGAUGGCAAUGAUGGUGAUGAGGAUGCUGUUGCAAAGAAGUUGGCAAGACUACAGGAAAUCAGACGAAAGAGAAAUAGGCUUCUUGACCAAGACCUACAAGCAGCUUGCUCCGCAGCAGAUCCUGGAAUGAACUGGGAACGUCUGCCGUUUGUCCUCGAGGCCCUUGGCCGCAGCAAGGAAGAGUACGUACUCGAAGCCCAAUCCAAAACCAAGAAUGCCCAAAAGGCAGCUUUGGCUGCAGCAUUCAACUAUUUCCGUUCUCAGCUGGAAACAGAUCAGUCCACUUGGGACGCUUUGCAAAUGAGGUCUAGCAAGGAGAUCAGUCGCAAGAGGCACAACAAAUCAUGGCAGCUGGUGAACGACUUUGUGGAAAAGAAUUUUCAGCUCUGGAGUGUCAAAUUGGACCAAAGCGUGGUUCCUACUUUGCUUCCCUGGGUCGAAUUGCAGAUGGAACGUUUGACGUUCAACAAGGUGCCGAGCGAAGAGUGUGUCAUCCUGCAUCUUUGCAUGCCUACCAUGGGUAUCGUGGGGUCUGUCAAGCUACAAUUCGUUCUGCAGAUGAUCACAGCCUUGUUGGCCGCCCGCCCCUCCAACUCCAUUGCUGUUGUGAUUCAUGCCAACCGUGCUGAGAAUCCCAAGAGAAGGAAAGGAGACGAUGAUGAUGACACCAUGAAAGCAGAAGAAAGGGAUGACGAGGAGGAAAGUACUCAGGUGAAACAGGAGGAUGAUGAAGAUGAACCAGAAGCUUGCACCGAUCAGGAUAUGCUGCCAGAUUUUCAACACAAGUUCACUUCGCAACUUCGGCAGUCUUCUCGCCAGUUGAAGGUCAAAGAUUUCAUUAUCGCGUUUGACCCUGCAUCAGUGUAUGGCCGCAGACAAGCUUUCUUGAAAGGGCUUUUGAUUACAGCAAAAUCGCCUGCGGCUGGAAAUAUCUUUUGGAAGUCAUCUGCUUGGCGUCGGGGCAUGGUGUCCGAAGUGCGGAUGUGCCCGAGGGCUGAAAUGUGGAAACCUACCCAAGGGAUGUCUAUGCAGGCAGCAUUCACAGAUGUCCAGGAGUACAAGCAAGUUGCAGCAGGAUGUGAUCUGAUCGCCAAGCUUCACAGCAACCUUGUCCCGAGUGGGGUCAGCCGUGUUGUGUGGGUUGAUGGACACGGUUACGACUCGCCCUUGCUGGCUGAACUCAAGACUCUGGGAUCAAACAGUGAUGUUAUGGACGCCUCCGACACAUUCAAAGUGACGACUUGUGUACCCAGUGGUGCGCUGGUGAUAAAGAACCAAUUCUUCGAACAAUUCUCAGAGAUCCCUGACUUUGAAGAUUUGGUCAGCGACCACAACAGCAGGUUCAACAAGGACAACUUGACUUUGUCGGAGCCGGAAAAAACAGCUUCUUCAGCUGAUGAUGGACAGAAAAAACAAGACCGAAGUCAUGGAAACGGAGCAGCCGAUCAAAGCUGA